AUGGGCAUCCAGAAGGUCGAGUUCGAUAUCCUCGAUUCAGAUGGACAAAAAUUGGAUGUCUUGCCGGUGACGCGAGUCACCAAGGCACGAGGGAGUGCUCUUUUCGUGACCAGCUCCGCGGUUAGGUUGCUGAUAUUGUACUUUCGGUACAAUGAGCACCUAGCUAACCCUUUCUCCAACCCCAGGACUUGCGUCAAAGCCCUGACUAUGUUGAUAUUCAAGUGGACAGGCGCUAGGGAGCACGUGUUCGUUCAUAAGAGUCCCGUCCGCACUGAUCGAUGGCCUUCAAUACGCAUCACAAUUGCCUAUCACAAUGGGCAGAGGCGCGAUGCUCAAGGGGAGGCAACCCACGUCUUCACCAAGCUGUCGGACGAUGAUGACGACCCUUAUCUUUCCACUGCUGAAUACCUUCUCAACUGGGCAGUUCAUACCGGAGAAGUUGAGGCAAGUUCGAUGGCUGAACUCCGGAGGACCAUUUCGGCACCCUCUUUCUCCCACAUCGAGUGGACUCAUCCCAACCGACCCGUCCUGUGCGCGAGCGACCAAGAUGGCGAACUCCAAUACGACUCCCCCGCUCAUGCUCAUCACAUCGAGAGCUAUGUUAGGGCAAUCACUAAAAGCGUUCCCGCGCUGCACGACAUGAAAUGCAGCGCUCUUCGUUGGGGCUCGAUCUACGAGGCAUGGGAAAUGGGACGUGUUGAUGCUGCGUUGGCCAUGUUGGAUGAAUGUCGAGAAGUGGACAGCUCGGCAUCAUAG